AUGUUCCUUCCUCGUUCCGUUCGGCAGAGUGCAAGCAAGUACCUUGAUAUGUGGCUACUAGUCAAUCCGAAUCGCUCGACUGGACCCGCGCAGGCGGGACCGGCAUGUGCUGCCGUCCCCCUGAACCUACUAAACUCCCAGCCAGAGACAGCUACCGAAAUGUCCUCGGCCAUGCUGGAAGAAUCGACCUGCGACACGACCUGCCGUGAUGACACGUCUGCGCUGACGCUUUCCUCCUUGGGCAUGCUCCUGGCCUCCGUACCCUUGGCCUAUUUCGUCCUCCUCCCCUUACUCAGUCGCCUCGUCGGGACCACCCUUGCGUGGUACCUCAGGAGGAGGUCGUCGGGCCGCAGGGCCUUUCUACUCAACCUGCAGCAGGAGGACCAGCGACGACUCGAGAAGGAGACCACACGCGCCGCGCAGCUCCGGGUCGACGAUGGCUGGGAAAAGAUCGACUCGCAGUCCGCUCGCGCCACGGGGACAGCGGAGGUCAAGGCGGAGAACGGCUGGGCCGGGAUCAUCGGCUUCUUUCACCCCUUUUGUAAUGCGGGCGGCGGCGGCGAACGAGUACUCUGGGCCGCUAUCCGCGCCACCCAGCUCCGGUGGCCCAAUGCCCUGUGUGUCGUUUAUACGGGGGAUCAUGAGAUGUCCAAGGAUGCCAUGAUCUCGCGGGUCAAGAACCGCUUCAAUAUCCAGCUCCACGCUCCAACCGUUACCUUCGUAUACCUCUCCACGCGCCAUCUGGUCCUGGCCUCUACCUGGCCUCGGUUUACCCUCAUCGGCCAAUCGAUUGGCUCCGUAAUCAUGGCCUGGGAUGCCUUUCACCUCGCACAUGCCGACUUGCGCCUACGCACCGGAACCCGCGGCAAGCUCAAGAAGGCGUACUGGCAACUUUUUGCCAUGCUGUACUCGCGCAUGGGCUCCACCAUUGACGUUGUCAUGACCAACUCCACCUGGACGCAGGCCCAUAUCAAGAAGCUCUGGGGUCCCUAUAGGAACGCAAAGGCUAACCCCAUCACCGCCGUAUACCCACCCGUCGCUGUCGAAGUGCUCGAGAGCGCCAUUGACGUGACGGCGGAAUCCGAGGCGAAACGUGAAAAGAUUAUCCUCUCCAUUGCCCAGUUCCGCCCCGAAAAGGACCACACCCGCAUCAUCCAGGCCUUUGCCCAGUUCGCCAACGUCAGAGAUGAUGGCGAUUCUAAGAGGGUCUACCAGCUGCGUCUCCUCGCCAACGAGCUGAACAUCAAAGAUCGCGUCCACUUCCACCUUGAUGCGUCCUGGCCCGAGGUCCUCGACUGGCUGAGGAAAGCGUCUGUUGGUGUGAAUGGCAUGUGGAACGAACACUUUGGCAUCGGCGUCGUUGAAUAUCAGGCCGCCGGUUUAAUCUCCGUCGUGCACAGUAGUGGUGGGCCGAAGCUCGACAUUGUCGUCGAUAUCGAUGGUCUACCAACUGGUUACCACGCUGUCAGCGUCGAUGAAUUCGCCGAGGGCUUCGAGAAGGCUCUUUCCGAGCCGAACCCGUUGGCGAUCAGGCAGAGGGCGCGCAAGUCGGCGCUCCGCUUCACAGAGGAAGAGUUUGCUAAAAAGUGGCUCGAGCAGAUGGAGAAGAUCGUGCCCAACGUCGCCGCUCGAGGCUAG